CCAUGGAAAACAUACUUUUUCCUCGGAGCCAGUCAGCGAGUUCGUCAGGGAGUAGAGUGCAGUUUUUAGAAGCAGCAGAAAGAGCUCAGAAUGAAUUGGACAAAGACUUCCCCCGAGUCAACAGUCAAGUGCCCCUCUCUCCGAGGGGCGACGAAGAUGACCGAAGCUAUCAGUAUUCCGAAGCUGAAAUUGAAAGAGGGACAUGGACAGGAAAGUUUGACUUCCUGCUAUCUCUGCUUGGAUAUUCGGUGGGACUCGGCAAUGUCUGGAGGUUCCCUUAUUUGUGCUACAGUAAUGGGGGAGGUGCCUUCCUCAUACCUUUUAUCUGUAUGAUGCUACUGGCUGGUCUCCCUCUUAUGUUCAUGGAACUUUCGUUUGGGCAGUAUGCCAGCGUGGGUCCCAUAGCCAUUUUUGAAAGGUUCUGUCCUCUUUUUACAGGACUUGGCUACGGCAUGGUAAUAGUGUCUGGGACUGUAAUGCUGUAUUAUAAUAUGAUUAUUGCAUGGACAAUCUUCUAUAUGUUUGCGUCGUGGAAUAGUCGGUUACCAUGGGAACACUGCGCACCAGAAUGGAGUACUUCCUCUUGCUACUCACACGCCGACGCACAGGAUUGCAUGUCAAAGAAUGGCACUUAUUUCAACCGCACUUGCUUCGACGCUGAUUAUUCACUGGCUCACAACCUCAGCUUUCUUGUGAAAAAUAUGACCAAGAAACCACCAGCAGAAGAGUAUUUUUCACGGUAUGUUCUUGGUGAAUCCUCUGGCAUUGAAGAAACGGGAGGUAUCCGAUGGACACUUGUUCUCUGUCUCAUAUUAGCUUGGGUUAUCGUUUUUUUAUGUCUUAGUAAAGGAGUCCAGUCUUCAGGAAAAGUUGUGUACUUCACUGCGUUGUUUCCAUACGUCGUACUUGUUAUCCUGUUCUUCCGAGGUGUGACGUUGCCUGGUGCCAAAGAAGGAAUCCUGUUUUAUGUCACGCCUGAUUGGAGCCGUCUGGCUACGGCCCAAGUCUGGGGAGAUGCAGCCGUCCAGAUUUUCUUUGCUUUGAGUCCCGCAUGGGGCGGACUCAUCACGUUGUCCUCAUAUAAUAAAUUUCACAACAACUGUUAUAAGGAUUCUUUAAUCGUCUCUGUCAGUAACGUGCUCACGAGUAUUUUUGCCGGUUUUGUCAUUUUUUCCGUCAUUGGUUACUUGGCUCACGAGUUGGAUGUAGAAGUUGGUAAAGUUGUUGACGAAGGAGUUGGAUUAGCCUUCAUGGUAUACCCCGAAGUUGUUGCCCGCCUUCCCGUUGCUCCUCUUUGGGCCUUCCUGUUCUUUUUCAUGUUGCUCACACUAGGACUUGACAGCCAGUUUGCUUUGCUGGAGACAGUUACGACUGCUAUUCUUGAUCGCUUCCCUACUCUGCGUGAAAAGAAAAUAUGGGUUGUGUUUACGUUGAGCGUUCUAGGCUACCUUGGAGGAAUCAUCUUUACCACAAAUGCUGGAGUUUAUUGGUUACAACUCUUUGACAAAUAUGCUGCCAACUUUUCCGUUCUAAUAAUCGCCAUUUGUGAGUGUCUUCUAGUGUCCUGGAACUAUGGUGCGGAGCGAUUUUUGCGAGACAUCGAGAAAAUGAUUGGCUCCAAAUCUUAUUGUUGGUCAGUAUUUUGGGCUAUCAUGUGGAGAGUACUCACCCCGGCUACGUUAGUAUUCAUUCUGGUUUUCAACUGGAUAGAAUACACACCUGCAAAGAGUGGUCAUUAUAUAUACCCAGCGUGGGCGAAUAUCGUAGGAUGGGUGAUAGCUUUUUUCCCAGUCGUUGUGAUUCUACUCAUAAUGCUUUAUAAAAUUUGCACCACAACCAAGAGGCCAUUCCGAGAGAAAAUACGUUUACUUAUGCAACCCACCGACGAAUGGGGUCCUCCACCGAAGCUGGCCACCUUCAAAACUGGUGAUCCUUCCGAAGACACAGCAACCGAUUACAUUCGAAAAAAUUCCUUUGACAAUCCUUCCUUUAACGUGACGUACACCUUCGAAACAGCCAUAUGAUAAAUAAAAGGAGCAGUAGCUGAAGACACGGCUUACAGCGAGGAACAUUAGCUGUGCAGUGAAACUUUGUUGAAAAGUGCCAGUAUUGAUAAUGAACUUAUCUCGAUGAAGAUGGGACAUGACAGAAACGAUAUCACAUUUCAGCUAUAGAGAUAUUCAGCUAUUACAUGUGAAUUUUUAGUGUAAAUUAAGAUGUGUAUGUACAUUUACCGAAAAGAGAUUUUACAGUUCUAAUUUCGACUAUUUUAUUUUGUUGAAAAUGAUUGAUAGAUUGAUUAAAGACUGAGGACUAGGAGUUACUGAAAAGAGAAAGAAUCAGUUGUGUUUUUCAAAAAAUUAAAGAUGAUUCUAUGAUUUUGUUAUUUGCUUGAAAAGUUCCUAAAGUUCUAUUGCCAACGACGUGUAAACGUAGUUAGCACUUGAAAGUUGUUAUAUUUGAUGACUGUUUAUGUUUAUAAAGCGUAUUCAAAGGAAAUUGGCUACCCGUAUAUGUUUAUUGUAUAAUAUUGGUUGUUUUUUAUAACAAAUGAAUCAAAUGGUAAAACAUACUUGGGCACAAGAAAAGAGCACAUUCCAUUAUUAGAAGUAAUACAGUUUAAUAAAACAUAAUUUUAUAUUUUAUAUUAAAUAGUUAUGGCUGUAAAGAAUAUCUUGCCAAAGUUUUGCAUUCGUAAAAUAUCACCCAUAUUAUAUAUUCCGAGUAACUCAGUUUAAACUAAAAAAAAUGUUAUGGACUAUUUUCAUAUAGUUAGUUGUUGAAAAUGCAAUAUUUAUGGUACAAAAAACGCUACAUUUAUUGUAAAGGUUGGAACUCCUAUUAAUUUCGAAUUAUGCGUGUUUUUCUGUUUUAAAUAUAAACAUUUACACAGUUUGAAUUGAAAUAGUAUUCUGAAAUUAAAUAUAUUUAAUCAAAAAUAUGUUGUUAAAUUACUUGGAACUCUAAAAUAACCAAUUCGGCAGUAAAACUCUAAAUUUUAAAUCUGAGACAAUACAUUUUUGAAUUCGGUUGUUACAGUAAGACGCUUAUACGACAUUAUCAAACUUGUGCUGUCUUUUCAUUUUAAAUGUUUGUUAAAUAAAUAAAAUUUAUUGCGAAACGUCAUAUUUUGCACUAGAACGAUUUUUCUGCUUUAUAUUAAAUAAUGCACAUAAAAAUUACAUCAAUAUAGAAAAGUCAUAUCUCUAGUGCAACUGCUUUUUGCAUAAUUUGUAAAACCACAAUCAAUAACUGAGCUUUUUAUCUACAUUAGAACGCUGCUAAUCAAUUCUAGUGUAAACAAUGAGCUUCAAAAAGUAAUUAGAAAAGUUUUCUGCUCUUAAGAACAAAUCUGAUGAUAUCUGAAAAACGAGAAAAAGAGAAAAAAACCGUAAACUAUUCAUAUGCCAAUUUUUUGAACUUCAAAAAUGACUAUUUUUUAUAGAGCUAUCAUUAUUUUUAAUUAAGAACGUAACUUUAGAUAGUAUCAAUUGCACUGCAAUGUAUGUAAAUUCUGAUUAAAACAAACUACGUAGAAGUUUUAAAAAGGUUUCCUUUAAAUUCUACUUGAAAUUUUAUGAUCAAAAUUGUGUUUUUAUGUUAUCUAUUCAGUUUUAUUUUAGCUGUCUAUUCAUUUUAAUUUUAGCUAUUUGCUUGUUUAUUUUUUAACUGCAUUCAUUUAAAUGUAAGCAUAAAUCAAUUUUGAGAAAAACCUGUUUAUUUUUUGUAAUAAAAUUAAUUUCCUAUUUUUUGGGGAAUCCAGGCUUAUAAGCUGUAUUUAACUAAGCGUAAAAUAUCAGUCAAUGUAAGUUUUCAUAAUUACAAAAUAGGACCGUUUUAUAAGAAACAUUUUCUCUUUUAUUUUAAUUAUUUUGUAAACUUAUGUUUUUAUAAAUGUAUUCAUGUCUACAUCAUAUUUAGUAGAAGUUUUUCGUUUGUCACAAAACUAAACUUAGUUCAUUCUUUCUGAAAUAUAGCAUGAACGAUAAUAUUUUCCAACAUUUAGGAUAUGUUUUUUGGUUGAACUACAUUUAUGUCGUUACAAAGAAAAAAUGAUCUUUUAGCAGAGAAAAUAUUUUUUGUAACUGAAAAUGUUCGAUUUAAAAAUAUGUUAAAAAAUCGACUUUUUUGCUUAAGAAUGCAUUUUAAUUUUAUUUUUUCAAAGGUAUCUGGCAAAAAAAUGACUUCCUGGUUUUGAUAUGGAUGAAAUAGUUUAUACGCUUUGAGUGCAUUUCAUUUGAAAAAUAGAAUAAAAUUUGUGUAGUAAAUAUAAAUUAGUGCAGUGUACGUUUUUUAAGAAAAACUAUGUACCUAAGAAAUUGUUUUAAUUGUAUAGAGUUAAGCAGCUGAGCUAUGUACAGACACUUGCUAUAGUGUAAAACUCGAUGUCUGUUCAGAUUGUCUCACUCAUUCAUAUUUACUCACGUAUGUAUACAAAUCGUCUUGUGUCUGAUAAAAAAAUGUAUGAAUUGCCAAUAAAAUUUGAAAAAUUCAAAAUAAGUUAUUCAAGUUGUUACACAAAGACUUUUUUUGUAGAAAAGAUGAAUGUAUGAAAAAAUGUUUUCUCGAAUUACCCUACAAUAAAAUUGUAUUUAACAGAAUAAAUGUGGAGUUAUAUGAAGUAACUGACGCAUUACAUAAUCAAAGGUAUUUGAAAAUAUUAAACGAAUUAGAUAUACAUAUUUCGACAGUUAAAAGUAAUGUCUUAUUUGUUCUAAUAUGAAAUGAGGCCUAAAGU